GGACUCAAACCAAUAGUUUCCACUGAAUCCCCAGCUCUGAUUUUUGGGACAACAACUAAACUUGCUUCAGAUUUACCAGCAACUGAUUCUUUCUUGGGUAAAAACAAGGUGCCAGACCUACAGAAACUGUUUCAGAAAGCAGAUGGACUGCCAGUACACCUGAAACGAGGAGUCCCAGAUAAGCUGCUUUAUCGGACCACUAUGGCUCUAACAAUAGGCGGGACUAUCUACUGUCUGGUAGCACUGUACAUGGCCUCACAACCAAGAAACCGAAAAUAAAUGAACCACGACUCAUGGGACUCGAGACACUUCUCUGAAGGACCUCCUGCAUGCAUCUCUUGGCACUUGCUUUAAUUCUGUGA